AUCUCUAGCUGGUUCGCUCUCCCUCUCCCUCUCCCCGGGCCGUGGAAAGGAUCCCACUUCCGGUGGGGUGUCAUGGCGGCGUCUCGGACUGUGAUGGCUGAGGGGAGACCGCGCUAGGGGGGAGAGCGAGCAAGAGGCCCCCUCCCCUCCCCGGGUCCCUCUCCCCCGUCCCCCUUCCCCCGGCCUCCUCGCCAACGCCCCCUUCCCCUCUCCCCACCCGCUGGGCGCACAGUCCCCAUCCCCACCCCCGUGGGAACGUUCGGAGCCCGCACUCCUCAGAGCCUCGCUCGCCCCUUCCCUCACCUCAGCCCCCGCUCCCCGCCCUCUUCCCGGCCCUGGGCGCCCGCCGCCCCGUCCCUCCGCCGCCCCCCGGCCGCGGGGAGGACAUGGCCGCGCACAGGCCGGUGGAAUGGGUCCAGGCCGUGGUCAGCCGCUUCGACGAGCAGCUUCCAAUUAAAACAGGACAGCAGAAUACACAUAACAAAGUUAGUACCGAACACAACAAGGAGUGUCUAAUCAAUAUUUCCAAAUACAAGUUUUCUUUGGUUAUAAGCGGCCUCACUACUAUCUUAAAGAAUGUUAACAAUAUGAGGAUAUUUGGAGAAGCUGCUGAAAAAAAUUUAUAUCUCUCUCAGUUGAUUAUAUUGGAUACACUGGAAAAAUGUCUUGCUGGGCAACCGAAGGACACAAUGAGAUUAGAUGAAACGAUGCUGGUCAAACAGUUGCUGCCAGAAAUCUGCCACUUUCUUCAUACUUGUCGUGAGGGAAACCAACAUGCAGCUGAACUUCGGAAUUCUGCCUCUGGGGUUUUAUUUUCCCUGAGUUGCAACAACUUCAAUGCAGUCUUUAGUCGAAUUUCUACCAGGUUACAGGAAUUGACUGUUUGUUCAGAAGACAGUGUUGAUGUCCAUGAUAUAGAAUUAUUGCAGUAUAUCAAUGUGGAUUGUGCAAAGUUAAAACGACUCCUGAAGGAAAUAGCAUUUAAAUUUAAAGCCCUAAAGAAGGUUGCACAGUUAGCAGUUAUAAAUAGCCUGGAAAAGGCCUUUUGGAACUGGGUAGAAAAUUAUCCAGAUGAAUUUACAAAGCUAUACCAGAUUCCACAGACUGAUAUGGCUGAGUGUGCAGAAAAACUGUUUGACUUGGUGGAUGGCUUUGCUGAAAGCACCAAACGGAAAGCAGCAGUUUGGCCACUGCAAAUCAUUCUCCUUAUUUUGUGUCCGGAAGUAAUCCAGGACAUAUCUAAGGAUGUGGUUGAUGAAAACAACAUGAAUAAGAAAUUGUUUCUGGACAGUCUGCGAAAAGCACUUGCUGGCCAUGGAGGAAGUAGGCAACUGACAGAAAGCGCGGCAAUUGCUUGUGUCAAAUUGUGUAAAGCUAGUACUUACAUCAACUGGGAAGAUAACUCCGUCAUCUUUCUACUAGUUCAGUCCAUGGUGGUUGAUCUUAAGAACCUGCUUUUUAAUCCAACUAAACCAUUCUCAAGAGGUAGUCAGCCUGCAGAUGUGGAUCUAAUGAUUGAUUGCCUUGUCUCUUGCUUUCGUAUAAGCCCUCAGAACAACCAACACUUUAAGAUCUGCUUGGCUCAGAAUUCACCAUCUACAUUUCAUUAUGUGCUAGUAAAUUCACUCCAUCGAAUCAUCACCAAUUCUGCAUUGGAUUGGUGGCCUAAGAUUGAUGCUGUAUAUUGUCACUCAGUUGAACUUCGAAAUAUGUUUGGUGAAACACUUCAUAAAGCAGUGCAAGGUUGUGGAGCACAUCCAGCAAUACGAAUGGCACCGAUGCCAACCAGUCACUGUUUUGCAUGGCAGUGGGCUUCUGUGGCUAGUCUUACAUUUAAAGAAAAAGUAACGAGCCUUAAAUUUAAAGAAAAACCCACAGACCUAGAGACAAGAAGCUAUAAGUAUCUUCUGUUAUCCAUGGUGAAACUGAUUCAUGCAGAUCCAAAGCUUUUACUUUGUAAUCCAAGGAAACAGGGUCCUGAAACUCAAGGCAGUACAGCUGAAUUAAUUACUGGGCUUGUCCAGUUGGUCCCUCAGUCACACAUGCCAGAGAUUGCUCAGGAAGCAAUGGAGGCUUUGCUGGUUCUUCAUCAGCUCGACAGCAUUGAUUUAUGGAAUCCUGAUGCUCCUGUAGAAACAUUUUGGGAGAUUAGUUCCCAAAUGCUUUUCUACAUCUGCAAGAAACUAACUAGUCAUCAAAUGCUUAGUAGCACAGAAAUUCUUAAGUGGUUACGAGAAAUUUUGAUCUGCAGGAAUAAAUUUCUUCUUAAAAACAAGCAGGCAGAUAGAAGUUCCUGUCACUUUCUCUUCCUUUAUGGAGUAGGAUGUGAUGUUUCUGCUAGUGGAUCUGCCACCCAGAUGUCCAUGGAUCAUGAAGAAUUACUACGUGCCUGUACCCCAGGAGCGUCUCUGCGAAAGGGAAAGGGAAACUCCUCUAUGGAUAGUGCAGCAGGGUACAGUGGAACCCCACCGAUAUGCCGCCAAGCCCAGACCAAACUAGAGGUGGCCCUGUACAUGUUUCUGUGGAGCCCCGACACUGAGGCGGUCUUGGUUGCCAUGUCUUGUUUCCGUCACCUCUGUGAGGAGGCAGAUAUCCGCUGUGGAGUGGAUGAGGUAUCAGUGCACAACUUCUUGCCCAACUACAGUACAUUCAUGGAGUUCGCUUCAGUCAGCAACAUGAUGUCAACAGGAAGAGCAGCGCUUCAGAAACGAGUGAUGGCGCUGCUGAGACGCAUCGAGCACCCCACCGCAGGAAACACCGAGGCUUGGGAAGACACACAUGCAAAAUGGGAACAAGCUACAAAACUAAUCCUGAACUAUCCUAAAGCCAAGAUGGAAGAUGGCCAGGCUGCUGAAAGUCUUCACAAGACCAUUGUUAAGAGACGCAUGUCCCAUGUGAGUGGAGGAGGAUCCAUAGAUUUAUCUGAUACAGACUCCCUACAGGAGUGGAUCAACAUGACUGGUUUCCUUUGUGCACUUGGAGGAGUGUGUCUGCAGCAGAGAAGCAAUUCUGGUCUGGCAACCUAUAGCCCACCUAUGGGUGCAGUUAGUGAACGUAAAGGUUCCAUGAUUUCAGUGAUGUCCUCAGAGGGGAAUGUAGAUACACCUGUCAGCAAAUUUAUGGAUCGGCUGCUGUCCUUAAUGGUGUGUAACCAUGAGAAAGUGGGGCUUCAAAUACGGAGCAAUGUUAAGGAUCUGGUGGGUCUCGAGUUGAGUCCUGCUCUCUAUCCAAUGCUGUUUAACAAAUUGAAGAAUACCAUCAGCAAAUUUUUUGACUCCCAAGGACAGGUUUUAUUGACUGACACCAAUACUCAAUUUGUUGAACAAACCAUAGCUAUCAUGAAGAACUUACUAGAUAAUCAUACCGAAGGCAGCUCUGAACACCUGGGGCAAGCUAGCAUUGAAACAAUGAUGUUAAAUCUAGUCAGAUACGUCCGUGUACUUGGGAAUAUGGUCCAUGCAAUUCAGAUAAAAACAAAACUAUGUCAAUUAGUUGAAGUUAUGAUGGCAAGGAGAGAUGACCUCUCAUUUUGUCAAGAGAUGAAAUUUAGGAAUAAAAUGGUAGAAUACCUGACGGAUUGGGUUAUGGGAACAUCAAACCAAGCAGCAGAUGAUGACGUAAAAUGUCUUACAAGAGAUUUGGACCAGGCAAGCAUGGAAGCAGUAGUUUCACUCCUCGCUGGUCUUCCGCUGCAGCCCGAGGAAGGAGAUGGUGUGGAAUUGAUGGAAGCUAAAUCACAGUUAUUUCUUAAGUACUUCACAUUAUUUAUGAACCUUUUGAAUGACUGUAGUGAAGUUGAAGAUGAAAAUGCACAAACAGGUGGCAGGAAACGUGGCAUGUCUCGAAGAUUGGCAUCCCUGAGGCACUGUACAGUACUUGCAAUGUCAAACUUACUCAAUGCUAAUGUGGACAGCGGCCUCAUGCACUCCAUAGGUUUAGGUUAUCACAAAGAUCUCCAAACAAGAGCUACAUUUAUGGAAGUCCUGACAAAAAUUCUUCAACAAGGCACAGAAUUUGAUACACUUGCAGAAACAGUGCUGGCAGAUCGGUUUGAGAGACUGGUGGAAUUGGUCACCAUGAUGGGGGAUCAGGGAGAGCUUCCGAUAGCUAUGGCUCUGGCCAAUGUGGUCCCUUGUUCUCAGUGGGAUGAACUAGCUCGAGUUCUGGUUACUCUGUUUGAUUCUCGGCAUUUACUAUACCAGCUUCUCUGGAACAUGUUUUCUAAGGAAGUAGAAUUGGCAGACUCCAUGCAGACUCUUUUCCGAGGCAACAGUUUGGCGAGUAAAAUAAUGACAUUCUGUUUUAAGGUCUAUGGUGCUACCUACCUACAAAAACUUCUGGACCCUCUGUUACGAAUUGUUAUCACAUCCUCUGAAUGGCAACAUGUUAGCUUUGAAGUGGAUCCCACCAGGUUAGAGCCAUCAGAGAGCCUUGAGGAAAAUCAGCGGAACCUCCUUCAGAUGACUGAGAAGUUCUUCCACGCCAUCGUCAGUUCCUCUUUAGAAUUUCCUCCUCAGCUUCGAAGUGUGUGCCACUGUUUAUACCAGGCAACUUGCCACUCCCUACUGAAUAAAGCUACAGUAAAAGAAAAAAAGGAAAACAAAAAAUCAGUGGUUAGCCAGCGCUUCCCGCAGAACAGCAUCGGUGCGGUAGGAAGUGCCAUGUUCCUCAGAUUUAUUAACCCUGCCAUUGUCUCACCAUAUGAAGCAGGGAUUUUAGAUAAAAAGCCACCGCCCAGAAUCGAAAGGGGCUUGAAGUUAAUGUCAAAGAUACUUCAGAGUAUUGCCAAUCAUGUUCUCUUCACAAAAGAAGAACAUAUGCGACCUUUUAAUGAUUUUGUGAAAAGCAACUUCGAUGCAGCACGAAGGUUUUUCCUUGAUAUAGCAUCAGAUUGCCCCACAAGUGAUGCUGUAAAUCAUAGUCUUUCCUUCAUCAGUGAUGGCAAUGUGCUUGCUUUACAUCGUCUGCUUUGGAACAAUCAGGAAAAAAUUGGCCAGUAUCUUUCCAGCAACAGGGAUCAUAAAGCUGUUGGAAGACGACCUUUCGAUAAGAUGGCAACACUUCUUGCAUACCUCGGUCCUCCAGAGCACAAGCCUGUGGCAGAUACACAUUGGUCAAGCCUUAACCUUACCAGUUCCAAGUUUGAGGAAUUUAUGACUAGGCAUCAGGUACAUGAAAAAGAAGAGUUUAAGGCUUUGAAAACAUUAAAUAUUUUCUACCAAGCUGGCACUUCCAAAGCUGGGAAUCCCAUUUUUUAUUAUGUUGCACGGAGGUUCAAAACUGGUCAAAUCAAUGGCGAUUUGCUGAUAUAUCAUGUCUUGCUCACUUUAAAGCCAUAUUAUGCAAAGCCAUAUGAAAUUGUAGUGGACCUUACCCAUACUGGGCCUAGCAAUCGCUUUAAAACGGACUUUCUCUCCAAGUGGUUUGUUGUUUUUCCUGGCUUUGCUUACGACAACGUCUCUGCAGUGUAUAUCUAUAACUGUAACUCCUGGGUUAGGGAGUAUACCAAGUAUCAUGAGAGGCUGCUGACUGGUCUCAAAGGCAGCAAGAGACUAAUUUUCAUAGACUGUCCUGGGAAACUGGCUGAACACAUAGAGCAUGAUCAGCAGAAACUGCCCGCUGCCACCUUGGCUUUGGAAGAGGAUCUGAAGGUGUUCCAUAAUGCUCUCAAGCUAGCCCACAAAGAUACCAAGGUUUCUAUUAAGGUUGGUUCUACUGCUGUACAAGUAACCUCGGCAGAGAGAACAAAGGUCCUGGGGCAGUCAGUCUUUCUAAACGACAUCUACUAUGCCUCAGAAAUCGAAGAAAUCUGCCUAGUGGAUGAGAACCAGUUCACCUUAACCAUUGCCAACCAGGGCACACCGCUUACCUUCAUGCACCAGGAGUGUGAAGCUAUCGUCCAGUCUAUCAUUCAUAUCCGGACCCGCUGGGAACUGUCACAGCCCGACUCCAUCCCCCAGCACACCAAAAUCCGGCCAAAAGAUGUCCCUGGGACACUGCUCAAUAUUGCAUUACUUAAUUUAGGCAGUUCAGACCCUAGUUUACGGUCAGCUGCCUAUAAUCUUCUGUGUGCCUUAACUUGUACUUUUAAUUUAAAAAUCGAGGGCCAGUUACUAGAGACAUCAGGUUUAUGUAUCCCUGCCAACAACACCCUCUUUAUUGUCUCUAUUAGUAAAACACUGGCAGCCAAUGAGCCACACCUCACGUUAGAAUUUUUGGAAGAGUGUAUUUCUGGAUUUAGCAAAUCUAGUAUUGAAUUGAAACACCUUUGUUUGGAAUAUAUGACCCCAUGGUUGUCAAAUCUCGUCCGUUUUUGUAAGCAUAAUGAUGAUGCCAAACGACAAAGAGUUACUGCUAUUCUUGACAAGCUGAUAACAAUGACUAUAAAUGAGAAACAGAUGUAUCCAUCUAUUCAAGCAAAAAUAUGGGGGAGCCUUGGGCAGAUUACAGAUCUGCUUGAUGUUGUACUAGACAGUUUCAUCAAAACCAGUGCAACCGGAGGCUUGGGAUCAAUAAAAGCUGAAGUGAUGGCAGAUACUGCUGUAGCUUUAGCCUCUGGAAAUGUGAAACUGGUUUCAAGCAAGGUUAUUGGGAGGAUGUGCAAAAUAAUUGACAAGACAUGCUUGUCUCCGACGCCCACCUUGGAACAACAUCUUAUGUGGGAUGAUAUUGCUAUUUUAGCCCGCUACAUGUUGAUGUUGUCCUUCAAUAACUCCCUGGAUGUGGCAGCUCAUCUCCCCUACCUCUUCCACGUUGUUACCUUCUUAGUAGCCACAGGCCCGUUGUCCCUUCGAGCUUCCACACAUGGACUAGUCAUUAAUAUCAUCCACUCUUUGUGUACUUGUUCACAGCUUCACUUCAGCGAAGAAACCAAGCAAGUUUUGAGACUCAGUCUAACAGAGUUCUCAUUACCCAAAUUUUACUUGCUGUUUGGCAUUAGCAAAGUUAAAUCAGCAGCUGUCAUAGCCUUCCGAUCCAGUUACCGAGAUAGGUCAUUCUCUCCUGGCUCCUAUGAGAGGGAGACUUUUGCAUUGACAUCCUUAGAAACAGUCACAGAAGCUUUGUUGGAGAUCAUGGAGGCAUGUAUGAGAGAUAUUCCAACAUGUAAAUGGCUGGACCAGUGGACAGAACUAGCCCAAAGAUUUGCAUUCCAGUACAAUCCAUCCCUGCAACCAAGAGCUCUUGUGGUCUUUGGCUGUAUUAGCAAACGAGUGUCUCAUGGGCAAAUAAAGCAGAUUAUCCGUAUUCUUAGCAAGGCACUUGAGAGCUGCUUAAAAGGACCUGAUACUUACAACAGCCAAGUUCUAAUAGAAGCUACAGUAAUAGCACUCACCAAAUUACAGCCACUACUUAAUAAGGACUCCCCACUGCACAGAGCCCUCUUUUGGGUGGCCAUGGCUGUGCUGCAGCUGGAUGAGAUCAACCUGUAUUCAGCAGGCACUGCCCUUCUGGAACAAAACCUGCACACUUUAGAUAGUCUCCGAAUAUUCAAUGACAAGAGUCCAGAAGAAGUAUUUAUGGCUAUUCGGAAUCCUCUGGAAUGGCACUGUAAGCAAAUGGAUCAUUUUGUCGGACUCAAUUUCAACUCUAACUUUAACUUUGCAUUGGUUGGACACCUCUUAAAAGGUUACAGGCAUCCUUCACCUGCCAUUGUGGCAAGAACAGUCAGAAUUUUGCAUACAUUACUAACUCUGGUUAAUAAACAUAGAAAUUGUGACAAAUUUGAGGUGAAUACACAGAGCGUGGCUUAUCUAGCAGCUUUACUCACAGUGUCUGAAGAGGUUCGAAGUCGCUGCAGCCUCAAACAUAGAAAGUCCCUUCUUCUUACUGAUAUUUCAAUGGAAAAUGUUCCUAUGGACAUAUAUCCCAUUCAUCAUGGUGACCCCAGCUAUAGGACACUAAAGGAGAACCAACCAUGGUCCUCUCCCAAAGGUUCUGAAGGAUACCUUGCAGCCACCUAUCCAACUAUGGGCCAGACCAGUCCCAGAGCCAGGAAAUCCAUGAGUCUGGACAUGGGGCAGCCUUCACAGGCCAACACGAAGAAGUUGCUUGGGACAAGGAAAAGUUUUGAUCACUUGAUAUCAGACACAAAGGCUCCUAAAAGGCAAGAAAUGGAAUCAGGGAUCACAACACCCCCUAAAAUGAGAAGAGUAGCAGAAACUGAUUAUGAAAUGGAAACUCAGAGGGUUUCCUCAUCGCAGCAGCACCCACAUUUACGUAAAGUUUCAGUGUCUGAGUCGAACGUUCUUUUGGAUGAAGAAGUACUUACUGAUCCAAAGAUCCAGGCACUUCUUCUUACUGUUCUAGCAACACUAGUAAAAUAUACCACAGAUGAAUUUGAUCAACGAAUUCUUUAUGAAUAUUUAGCAGAGGCCAGCGUUGUGUUCCCCAAAGUAUUUCCUGUUGUGCACAAUUUGUUGGACUCUAAGAUGAACACCUUGUUAACAUUAUGCCAAGAUCCAAAUUUGCUAAACCCGAUCCAUGGAAUCGUGCAGAGUGUGGUGUACCAUGAAGAAUCCCCACCGCAGUACCAAACAUCCUACCUGCAAAGUUUUGGUUUUAAUGGCUUGUGGCGGUUUGCAGGACCCUUUUCAAAGCAAACACAAAUCCCAGACUAUGCUGAGCUUAUUGUUAAGUUUCUUGAUGCCUUGAUUGACACGUACUUGCCUGGAAUUGAUGAAGAAACCAGUGAGGAGUCCCUCCUGACACCCACAUCUCCUUACCCUCCUGCACUGCAGAGCCAGCUUAGUAUCACUGCCAACCUUAACCUCUCUAAUUCCAUGACCUCACUUGCAACUUCCCAGCAUUCCCCAGCUCCUCUGCCUUGCUCUAAAUCAGCCAUUUUCAUGCAGCUGCUCCCUCGUCAAGGAAUCGACAAGGAGAACGUUGAACUUUCCCCUACCACUGGCCACUGUAAUAGUGGACGAACUCGCCAUGGAUCCGCAAGCCAAGUGCAGAAGCAAAGAAGUGCUGGCAGUUUCAAACGUAAUAGCAUUAAGAAGAUCAUGUGAAGCUUCCUUUCUUUCAGCUUUCAAACCAGCAUAACGUGGGCUCUUCACUAGUGACCCUGCCUGAACUGCGCCCUGUCCCCACGUGUUGCAGCAUCGCACUUCGUGUUUUAUAAGGGACCCACCUAAUCUGCUGUGUCGCCAAAUGAUCAACUCUCAGAAGCGUUGCCUAAAUUUAAUGCUGCUUUCCCCCCUUCUUUUCUUUCUACUUUCGGUGUGUAUCUGGUAUAAGCAAGUGUUUGGAACAGCUACAAAGGAAGUGGGAGGUGAGGAAACUUGAACUGAGAGCGUCCCUGUACUGUGAGCGGAUGAAUUCUUGAACACUGCUACUGCUGGCCAGCUGUGAGAGCCAUUUGCACAGACCCCUGCCUUGUUUGUUUUUCUUUUCAUCAUACAAAGUAAAUUUGUAAUCUUACUUGCACACUUUUCAAGAUAGAAGUUUAUGGAAUAGUAAGAAAUAUUAUAACCCCAGUACAUUUAAUCUGACUUUUAGCUGUGGACUUUUUUUUACUUUAGAAACUGAAGGAACUACAGAGUUCACACCUUAGGGACUUCACACCAUAAAGCCACAGGCAAGGUACUUUGGGGGUGGGAGGUACUAGGAUUUUGUAGUAGACUCCUAAGAAAUACUAACAUUUGAGGAUUAGCAAUAAUUGCGGGAACAUAAACCUGACCACAUAUAUCUUAACAGUACUGAAUUAAAGCUAUGGGUUCUGAGGCCUUAUCCAAACUCACUCAUCUGCACUAGUUUCUUUCUCCAUUUGAUUUUCAUUUAAUCUUUAAAUAUGCUAACAGUGUUGUUCUUUUGUCUUUUUGGUUUGUGUAAGCCAAAACUGUAUUAAGCAUAGUGAUUAUAUUGGGGUUUGGUUUUUUUUUUUUUUGUUUUUUUUUUUUUUUUUUUUUUGCGCCUGUUCCUCUUCUUUCCAAAUAAUUCCGAGCAGGGUAAUUAGCAAACAAAAUGUUGAAAAUUGGUCCUGAAAGGUAUUUUCAUAAAUGUUUGCAUUAGCUGCAUAGCAAAAUGGAAAUGGUACGCAAUUUUUAUAGUCGCUGUUUAUUUUGUUAAAUAAUUUCCAAGAAACAGUGUGCUAUAUGUCGUCAUAAAUUUCUUUGACAAGAUGUAUUUUAAAAACCCUUUAAUCUUUCCCUCCUCCUCCAAAAAUAUUAGGAAUUUCUUGAAACAUUUGAUUCUAUAUGAUAGAAUUGCCUCUAAUCACUAUGAAAAGUCUGGUCAGCCUGCCUCAGUGUGACAAUGGGGGACCGUUGGAGUUGCUGCUCUACUAAAUGGUAUGGAUUUUCAUGGCAUAGGGAUCUCCACAGUAAUGCAGAGUUUCUUUGUGGUACCUGCAGUACACAAAAACUUUUACUUCUGCAAGCAUAUUAAUAUCUGGGUUUUCCAAUUUAGGACUAAAUUAUAUUUAUUUCGACAGGAUAUCCCCCUCCUCCCACAUUCUCUUAUAUGGUAUGAUGUAAUGGCUUUGGGAGGGGAAAAAUAAACCAAAGGGAGAAGGGGUCCCUGUAGUGUUAGUUCAUUAGUGGAUUUCCGUAAAUUAAAUUCCACAGCUAAUUCAGUAAGUAAUGGUACGUUUAAGUGUUCUGAUUAAUAAUAUAACACAUUUUACACUUAUCCCCACAGUAACAAUGUAAUAUGUUAAUGUAAAUAAAAUUGCUUUUGAUAUUCAGAAAUAACAAGAAUUUAAUUUUUUAAUUUUGUUUACAGACCUGAGGAAAAAUAACCAUUUGCCAAAAUAAAAGGGAAAAAACUUAUCGUUAAUAAUGAUUUAAACAUCAACUUGUUGGAAAAUACUGAAGACAGGUGCAGUUCACUAAGUUUUUUUUUUUAAUUACUAUAGAGGCUGUGCUAGAGUAAAUGUUUUGGUACCUGAGCAUCUUGCGCUUGCACAGAAGCUCAGAUGCAACUUAGAAUAGAUCAGCGACACAGUGCCAAGGACGCCAGGCUCCCGUUAAGGCGCUUCUGGGAUGUGGUGGCGCAGCUUCUUGGCUCCAAGAGCAGCAGGCAGUGAGAACCUUUAAAAAUUUUGGUUCAGUAUUUUUUCUCUUUUUGUUGAUUUGGUGCAUAUGAUGGUGGGGGUUAUGCAUUUUUGCUUCUCCCAUCAAAAUAGAGAAACUUCCAAAGGUUUACUGUUAAAAACUAUUGAUCUUUCGAUAAACAAGUUUAUGAAAGUGUAAUGUUUCUUAGAUUAUUCCCUCUAGUGUACCGAAUGAAAUGAUCCACUUGAAGUACCUCAUGAAAUGAUCAGCGUUGCACAAAUCAAAAUUGAGCCUUCUUUCAACUGCAAAAAUACUUUUGACCAGAUGAGUACUGGAAAUUUAAAAAGUUACCUAAGGUUUAGAAUUUAGCUUCUUUAAAGAACCUUUGACUUUUGAGAAAAAAAGCUUUCCAAAUAAAAUGAGAAUAAGCUAAAUCCCUCAUCCAUAUUAUUCCCCUGAGAAAUGAAAUACUUUUUUAGUCCUUAUAAUUUAAGAAAACUUCUGAAGUUUAGAACAAGUAGCCUAUAUUAUAUAAUUUGGUAUGAGAUCUGUCAUUUGUUUUGGGUUUGUAGAUGUUUUCCCUGACUUUUUAAAGAGGAAAACAAUCACGUGGUCAUGUUGUUGUGCUCCUGUCCUGGGGCUGCUGUUCUUCGCCAGCAUGAGUACAGGAUGCUCCUGUCCUCCGGCGGUCACUCAUGCCUGCACCUGCACACCACCCGAGACAGCCAGCCUUGAUCUGUGGACUAAAGUCCUACUGACAGGGACAGUGAGCUGGCAGCCCUUCUGAUUUGUGUGUUUGGGGGAUCUUCAGCUUUCUUCAAGGUUUUGUUUUUAUUGUUUUUUAAAUUUUUGUUUUGUGUUUUGGUUUUGGUUUCUACUUUUACAAGCCCCCACCACCAGGCAUAAUGAGGCAUGUCUUACUGAAUAUUAUGCAACAGACCUAUACAAACAUUCACUUAGUGUCAGCCACACCAUUUUUUAAAUGCAGUAUAUUCACUUGUAAAUAGUUUGUGUAAAAUUUGACAGAAAAGUAUAUUUACUACACUGUAAAUACAUGUGAUGAUAUAUUGUAUUAUUUUGCUUUUUUGUAAAGCAGUUAGUUGCUGUACAUGGAUAACAAAAAUUUGAUUAUUCUCGUGUUAGUAUUGUUAACUUCUUCCUACGACUGCGUUACAUCAUUUUCAGAAAAUGCUGUGUAUUGUAAACUUACAUUGUAUAUGAUAAUUUACCUCCUUUCCAUUGGGCCUAAACUUUGACAGUUUUUGUCUAUAACCUUGUUCAUAUUGUAAGCAGUUGUAUGCCAGCAGGAAAAAUACUGCCCAACUGACAAAACUGAUCAUGAUAGGAGAAAUUCAUAGAAAUAUGUCUCAGACCAUUGUUGCUCCCCACUCCUAUGUAUGUACUCCUCUCCCACUUUUUUAAAGUAAAAUGUAAAUUCAAUCCGUUAA